GAUCGCUUCUUUCGACCACAGGCACCAACAUGUUCAGUUUCACGCACUUGCGAAUGGCGCACGAGGCUGCUCCCGAGUGGGCGCGUUCGAUCUUGGCGUCAGUCACGGGCAUCGAUGCAAAGCUCUCCUCGUUCCAGAUCGAGAUCACAGCUUCAGUCACGGAGAUGCGCUCGGACUACAGCCAGCUGGCGGCGAGGAUGGACAUUCUUGAGGCCAGUAUGGAACAAUACCAGUCGAGCGAGGAUGCGAUGGCCGACAUGUCCGCCGAGGCGGAGCGACAGGUCAGGAUGCAGAAGCUCGAGUCCAUGGUGCAGAAGAUGGAGAGCCAGCUCAAUGACGCGCCGGCCGAUGCGUUCGACCUCAAUCGGAAGGCGAUCUUCGAGUUCAAUUCCGCAUCAGCAGCUUCCGAUUUUCUCAGCAACUUCCAGAAGAUCGAGGGCGAGCUUCAGUUCCCUGAUCCGAAGGGCGGAUACUUCGUGCUCAAAGUUCGUAGAGACCUCAAGGUCAAGGAUCGUCGGUUGUUUCUCGCGAUGGGCAAGCUCAGACAGAAGUUGGAGGCACUGCUCAAUGGCAGGUUCACGGUUGGCUCGAACGGACUCGGUGGCGACGUCUACAUAUUGCGCGGCGAGGAGGACCCCGUACAAUGUUCCCGCGUUUCAGUACUCGAGGGUGCGAAUGAUGUCCAUGUCGAGUUCACUGACUCCACGCUGACGGAGUUUGGCAUCCUGGCGGACAAAAGGCAGCUUGAUGGAAGCGGCACAA